UUUGGAAAACCCAAGUGCUUGCUUCAAAAUCUAACUGUCCAGGCUGCCUAACAUCCCUAUAAAAAGCAAGGACUCUCCAGUCACCUAGCAUCAGACGCAGAAGGAAUCUACUCUGGUCCUGCCUCUGCUUUUGCAGCUCAUCCCCGACUCAUAAUGAAUAUCUCUGCAGUGGCGGUCUCCAUCCUCCUCAUUGCUACCCUCUUUUCUCAGGCCUCUUCGGGUCCAAUUGGUGCUGACACCACUGUGUGCUGCUUCAGCUAUGCCUUACGGAAGCUCCCUCAGAGUCAUGUGAAGGACUAUUUCUACACCAGCAGCAAGUGCUCACAGCCAGCGGUUGUGGCUGUAACACCUCCCUGCCUCUCCUUACAGUUUCAUCACCAGGAAGAAUCGGCAGGUCUGUGCUAAUCCUGAUGCCAGGUGGGUGAAGGAAUAUGUGAACUACCUGGAGCUGCAGUGAGGGCUGAGAGCUGAGAGAAGUCUGCUCCUGUGAGUCCUGCAAGAUUGUCCAGCAAAAUCAUUGCUUCGGCCUAAAAAUGCUACUGCUGAGCACCAAGGCCAAAAGCAACUUCGGGGCCUUUGAAGUUCCUUUUGUUUUGCAAAGGCAUCAUUUUUCUGUUACAAUUUAGCCAACCUCAUGGGCAGCUGCAAUGCUGGGGACCUCCUGGCCUUGCAGAUCUCCCUUGUUGUAGCCUAUUGUAUGGUCUGUAAUGAAACUCUGUCCCUUUUUCGUGCCUUCACUGCUAGAAGGGGAGAUGGACCCUUAUCUUGAAAGUUAUUUGUGAGAAGUGGUCUCUCAAAGCCAGGUAUGAAUACUGUCAUGUAAACCCAGACUGACAUCCCAGUCAGCUGGCUGAAUUUCAGCAUGUGUGACAGAUGCUGUCAAGGAUGUCUCUCUCCUUAAUGGGGGAAUUGGUAUGUUGAUUAUUUACUGGAUGUUCGGUGUGGAACCACUGUUCAGCAUUGUCAAAAUACUGUCUCUUGCCUGUACCAGAGAAUAAAGAUUACCAUCUCUCUGUG